GGUGGUGCACAUGCACAUAAGGCACAUUAUGUUCGACUCGGUUAUGAUUCAGAUCCAGCGGACAUAAUGUAUUUACUGGAUAAAGUUUGGGGUCUUGAACCACCACGUCUUGUGAUUACUGUUCAUGGAGAAGGCUUACUGAAAGCGGCACAGACAACAGGCGCAUGGAUUAUCACAGCUGGAAUUGACGCUGGAGUUGUGCGACACGUUGCGACUGCUCUUGAUGAAGCAGGCAUUUCAGCCAGAAUGCGAUCAAAAGUGGUAACAAUCGGAAUUGCUCCAUGGGGUCUGCUGAAGCGCCGCGAAAGACUGAUUGGUAAAGAUAUUGUUGUGCCAUAUGAUCCUCAUUCAUUUUCCUCCAAAAACAAAUAUGCUACCUUGAACGAUCGGCAUUCAUAUUUUUUACUUGUUGACAAUGGUACCUGCGGGCGUUAUGGCGCCGAUAUAAUUUUACGUAAACGUUUCGAAGAAUUCAUAGCACAAAAGCAAACGAUUGGCUUAGGAACACGACAUGUACCCGUGGUUUGCGCAGUGCUCGAGGGCGGUACUUGCACUAUAAGAGCGAUUCUUCAGUAUCUGAAGAACGAACCUCCGGUUCCAGUAAUCGUUUGUGACGGAAGUGGACGAGCUUCUGAUCUCAUUGCAUUCGCGCAUCGCCAUGUUUCUGACGAUGGAAGUCUGCCAGAUGAAAUUCGGACACAGCUUUUAACUCUCAUUGCGUCGGUGUUUCGACACAGUACCACACCACCGGCUCAAAUCCUCGAAGAAGUCUUGUGUUGCACCAAACGACGUGAUUUGGUUGGUUACUGUCGCGCAGUUAACAAAUUUCAAAAGUAG